CUAAGAAAGUAUAAUAUGAUAUUUACAAAUUCUUUGAAAAAGAAAACUUCAGCGCGUACCAAACACUAAUUGACUUCAUCGACGAAAUUGAUGUAAAACUAUAACCGGCACUCCAAUACCUUCAAAAAAGCGGGCGGUCAAGUAAUCCCACGCUACUCAAGGGUAGCAUGGUAACUUAAGCCAUCAAAAAAAAAUAAAAUAAAAUAAAAAUAAACAAUAAAUUGGGGGGAAAAUGAACGAAAUAUUGUCAUCGCUGGACGGCCUCUUCCUGGGCCUACCCGGUCACUAUUCGGUCGCCCUGACCACUCUCCUGCUAUGCGUUUUGGUGGCCUUUUAUUUUGCCAACUUCUUCAAGGAUAAAAACGAACUGGAGGACGAGGGACUGGGCCCCGAUGAAAUGCAUGACGAAGAUGAUUCCGAGUUGAGGGUGCGUCUUGAGGACGAGGAUGAUGACGAACUGGAUCUGGAUGACGACGAGGCCUUCGAGGAGCGUACAAGUGAGAGCGACAUGGAGCUCAUUGAGGAUCAUCAGCCCGGCCAGGACUACAGUCAUCUCAUGGGAAAGUUCAAGACCAAACACAUCCAGCACAGUCUCGAGAAGACCCUCACAGCCGACCAGAUCAUGGAGGAGCGUCGCAUUGAGAGGGAGCAGCUGGCGGCCAUUUUUGAAAUGCUGCGUAAGCAAGAGGCCGAACUGAAUCUCAAGGAUCGCAUAAGCGAUCAGGAUCUCGAUGAACAAGUGCGACUGUAUCGCUAAGCCCAGUGGAGUGGAAUGCUCAGCUUACCUGAAAGUAGAAACUUGUGUGAUCUAUGCUUGAAAGUCUCCUUGUUUUAUUUUAGUCGGUUUACUUAAAGUAUUCUUAGAUUAAUUUUAUAUAUUAGUUAAAAAAUCACGUUCCUUAGUUCUUAAUAGAUGAUAUGUAUUUACAUAUAUACCUGUAGUUGCAUUACAUUACCAAAAGUA